AUGAUGUUCCAACGUGCUUUGCUUCAAACAAAGAGUUCUGUAUUGCGCCAGCAACCUCUCAGAACUUCUGUUAGAUUCAUCAGAACUUUCAAGCAAGAAGACCAACCAAGAUUGAGAAUCAACUCUGUUGCUCCAAAUUUCACAGCUGAUACUACUGCGGGUAAGGUCAAUUUCCAUGAAUACAUUGGGAACUCGUGGGCUGUUCUUUUCUCUCACCCAGCUGAUUUCACCCCAGUGUGCACAACUGAAUUGGGUGCCUUUGCCAAGUUGAAGCCAGAAUUCGACCAAAGAAACGUGAAGUUGAUUGGUCUAUCUGCUGAAGGUAUAGAAUCCCAUCAAAAAUGGAUCAAGGACAUUGAAGAAGUGUCUCAAUUAGACAAGUUCACUUUCCCAAUCAUCGCUGAUGUUGACAGAGAAGUAUCUUUCCUAUACGAUAUGGUCGACGAAGAAGGUUUCAAGAAUUUGAACAAUGGAAUCGUUGCUACCAUCAGAUCCGUAUACAUCAUCGAUCCAUCAAAGAAGAUCAGAUUGAUUAUCACUUACCCAGCCUCUGUCGGUAGAAACUCCUCCGAAGUGUUGAGAGUCAUUGACGCCUUGCAAAAGGGUGACUCCAAGGGUGUUGUCACUCCAAUUGACUGGCAACCAGGUCAAGAUGUCAUCAUCCCACCAACUGUGUCCGAUGCUGAUGCGUCCAAGAAGUUCGGUGAUUUCAAGACUAUUAAACCAUACUUGAGAUUCACCAAGGCAUAA